AAAAAAAGAAAGAAAUUGUUUUUGUUUUUAUUUAUAAGACAUUAAAACAUAAAUAAACAACAUAAAAAGAACUUAACAAAUUUUUAAAGACAGUUUGUGAUCUUGUUAAGUGAUUAAGGAUCACUGAUCACUUUUGGAGAUUGAUCGAUUUGGAGUGGAUGAAGUUGAGAAGUUGAGAAUAUUUUAAAUGAUAAUUCGUAUUUUGAGUUUAAUUUGGCAUUAUUGAAGAUCUGCAAAGUUUUAGAACGACUAUAAUUGAGGAACAACCGAACUGAAGCAUCAAAAGCCAUGACUUGAGGUUCAUUUAGUAAAACAUUACAUUGCUGAUUUUAUAAUUCACAUCUAGUACAAAGCUACGUUGAUAUCAAGGACUAUUGGAAGCAUCCGAGAUUACUAAUACAUCACAGAUCUUCAUUGGUGGCUUCUGCAUUAAUAAUCAUCUAGACAACACACGCACAUCUCAAAGAUCUGGUUCAAUACCUAAUCAACUCACCUUAAGCUUCACUAAACCAUCCAAAUAGAGCAAAUUCAGAUUAGUGUACUAAAACAAUUAAUAUUACACUCAGACUCAUAAGUACAGAUUGUACAUUCAGAUAGAUCCAGUUGCCCCAUCUCAGGAUCUCACAAGAUCUGCUUAACACCAAGGCACCAUCCAACCAUACAGUCAUCUGAUUCCUGCCAUUACCAAUUCACCAACACCCAACAAACCACAACACAACCAUACAAAUCAUGGACAAAUCCAACAAACUAGCCGUCCUCACAGCCAAACGUAAUCUCGAAAAUUCUCUCGGCGAUGACUGGCAAAAGUACCUUUCACAUCUCCGCAAAUUCUUCAGGAACGGCACAAAAACUGAAUUUGAUCGUGAAAUUCGAUCAUUUUUGACAAACAAGCAGAUUUUUUAUCACAAUACAUUUUUGAUGGCAAUAUUGAGCAGUGCUGACGUUACAGAGACAUCACAACAGCCACAGCAGUCAACUGCCAUAUUGGCACCACCAGUUAUAAAGACAGAAGAACUUCCAGCACCGCCAAGUGUUAAAAGAAGGAGGAAGAAUGAGGAAAUUGUGUUUCAAAUCCAUCCAAUUAAUGAUUUUGUCAAAAUGGCAUUUGAUGAUUCACAAAGACAGAAUACAAUUAGAUAUGCAGCACAAGAAUUGUUCCUGCCUGAUAGUUCAUUAAUAAAUGGUCGAUUCUUAGCUGGAUGUUGGGAAAACAGCCUCGAAUUUGUUGACGAUCAAGCUGUGGAAAUUUUAGUUCAAGCAGUUCAAGUUAUGCUGAAAAAUAUUUUAUCACAUUGCAUCAGGCAGCGACGGCACUAUAAAGUCACGGCUGAUAAGAAGUUCUAUUAUGAUAUUGGAUGUGAGUUGAGGGACCCAAUAGUCAGGAACACGAUGAGUCGAAUUAAAAUUGAUGAUGAACCUCCAAUAAUUGAAAAGAAGGCAGCCGAUGAGCCGAAUUAUGUGACUUCAUAUGAAAACUAUACUGUAAAUAGGAAGAAGAUAUCACUGAUGGAUAUUUACAAGACAUUGAGGGAUCGGAAUGUUAUUCCAUGUCAUUCUGUUGCUAUGAUGGCCAUUGAAAGGAUCACAAUGAUGAUUAAUUGUUAAGUUCAAAUUUAUUUUUUUGUUUUAAGAUUUUAUUUUGGAAUAAAUUUAGGUUUUUUAGAGAUUAAAUGAGAAUAUAUCACAAAUAAAAUUAUAGGUUUGGGAUUUUAAUGUCUAAUGAGGUUCCUUAUAUGCUUGGUGGUCAUUUUAGAGCCUUGACAGACUCAACAGAGCGUUCACAGACUCUUAAAAGCAUCCACAGAGACCUCAGCCAACACAAAAAAUUUCAAUAAAUUUCUAAGGUCGAUUUCCGACACUUCCUGAUCGUUUUCCUUUUCCAAAGUCUUGUGAACUGUCUUUUCUACCCAUUACUGGUGAUGAUCCAGAUGAGAUGUUUCUGAUAAUUGAUUUAAAGCCUCUCGACUGGUUC